AUGGCUGAAAAUAACAAUAAAAAAGUUCUUCCAUUACCAAAUCAAAGCGGUCAACUUAAUCGUAUUCAAGAAGAAUUUAAUCGUUUGACUGAUGAAAUCAAACGAUUAAAAAAAGAAAACGAUGAAUUAAAAAAAAAUAAUUCUUCUGAAAUUUUGAAAAAAAUUAAACAGCAAGCUGAAGAAUAUUUAACUUCAUUGAAAGCUGAAUAUAAUAAAAAUGCUACCUUGGAUCAAAAAAUGAACGACCUAGUUAAAACUUAUAAAGAAGUUGGAAAAUUAGGCAUAAUAGCACUUAAAGAUGAAAAUAAAACAUUAAAACAACAGUUGGAAAACUGUAAUAAAGAAAAAGAACCCUUAAAGAACACAAAUGACUCAUUAAAAAAACAGUUAGAAGA